AUGUGCGCUGCUGCGGUGGGGAACGCAAGAGAAAAUGAGACCUACUUCCGGAGGAGCAGUCUGUUCUGGGUUACUGUCAUCAUCCUCUGUUUUGGCUAUUACACAUGGAUGGUCUUCUGGCCUGAGAGUAUUCCUUAUCAGAACCUGGGACCCCUGGGCCCCUUCACUCAGUACUUACUGAAGCAUCAUCAUACCCUCGUGCAUGGUGGAUAUUGGCUUUCCUGGAUGAUUCACGUAGGAGAGUCCUUGUUUGCCAUUGUAUUGUGCAAGUCGAAAGGCAUCACAAACACCUGGACCCAACUGCUGUGGUUCCUACAGACGUUCCUUUUCGGGAUGGCAUCUCUCUAUUACUUGAUUGCUUUUAGACCAAAACGCCAAAAACAAACUUAA